UUUGUGUUAUGCUCUAGGUCUUAUUUGUGAAAAUUUGCAACUUUUGGAUUUUGAACAGAAAACCGAUAUUGAGAGAAUGGACAUGGACGGUUCUGUGCAUUUUAAGACCAGAUGAAGUCAGAUGCCAGAUUAAUGCAGUGAAAUCUGAGCUUAUCCAGGCAGAGCAAGGCGCGCGUCGCGACAAACGGAUAAAUGCCCUCGCGUGAAGUGGUUCUACCGCCAAAAGAACCUCAUGUCGUUCCUGGACUGCUCCUGCAUCUCCUCCCACACUCAGGUCCAGCCAAUCAGCAUAGAGGACCAGUAUGAGGACAUCAGCUACCAGUGUCUGAGCAGUGAUGGCCCACCCUGCUCUGUGUCCAUGGCUGAUGAUGACCUCACAGCCCUCUCCGCUGACCCCGCCCACUAUCAGCUGCUCUCAGAGCUUGGGCGGGCCUUUAAUAACCUGAGUCAGGUGAGCAUGGCGCGUCACACACCCACGGGUCGGCUGGUGGCCGUUAAGACCACUAACCUGGAUGACUGUACGGAGGAUGAGCUGCUGCAGCUGCUGAACGAGGUGCUGCUGUCCAGACUUUUCCGGCACCCAAACCUGCUGACCUCUCGGCUGGUGUUCAGCUCCUGCUGUCAGCUCUGGGUGCUCUCUCCUCUAAUGAGCUACGGUUCUGCAGACUCUCUGCUCAGGUCCUAUUUUCCAGAUGGGAUGAGUGAAUCUCUGAUCGCGUACCUGCUCCACGGGGUCCUGAGAGCGCUGGAGUACCUGCAUCACAUGGGCUACGUACACAGGGGGGUGAAGGCGAGUCAUAUCUUGUUGUCUGCGGAGGGUCGUGUGUGUCUGUCAGGUCUGCAGAGUGUGUACAGUCUAAUGAGAGAUGGGAGAAGAGUGAACACGGUGUUUGAUAUGCCUCAACACAGCCCUUCUCUGCUGCCCUGGCUGAGCCCUGAGCUACUGCGGCAGGACCUACAUGGCUACGGUGUGAAAUCUGACAUCUACAGUCUGGGUAUCGUAGCCUGUGAGCUAGUCAGUGGACGGGUGCCCUUUCAAGAUAUGCCUCCUACUCUGAUGCUGCUGCAGAAGCUGCGUGGUUCUCACUGCUGCCUGCUGGACGUCGCUCCGUUCCCACUGGGUGAACUGGGGGCCCUGAAGGUGUCUCGCUCCGGGGUGGAUUCGGGCAUCGGCGAGAGCGUCGCCACGGGGAGCCUGACCCGAACCGCCACGGCAGAGAGACCCCAAAGUCCCAGCCCAAAAAACCACUCCACCACCCUCCACAACCUGGUCCAGCUGUGCCUGCAACAACAGCCCGAACGCAGGCCCUCAGCGUCAGCACUUUUGAAUCAUCCCUUCUUUAAACAGGUGAAGAAACACACCAGAGACUCCUUCCUCAGUCUGAUGUACCCAGCUGUACCGCUCUCCAGCCCACCAGACACUCCUCCAUCAUGCCCCCCCACACCCUCCUGCCAUACUCCAUCUCCCACUACAGAGUCUGUAGACGGAGUCUGGGACUUCUCCUAA